GGCAUGAGGCAUCCUGCUCAUGUGCUCCAUGCUUAGGCAAAGGAGGCAUUAGAAACGAGUGACCCUGGGCAGUCGGCGCUACGGAGCAGACCCAGGGGAUCACGAUGGGGAGCACCAAAAAGGUGGGAAAUAUUUGGAACAGAAGACAGAGUCUUUUCUCCAACUACAAAGUGACAGACUCUGAUGCAAACAGAAGACCUUCAGAGAUUGUUUAUCCUUUAGCCAAGGAGAGCUGCGUGAAGACAUGGAACUCUAUGCAAGAGCUGAGCAGGGACAUUUACGAUAUCUAUGCAGAAUAUGAGGACGAAGAGGAUGAAAGUCCUUCAGUGGGCUUCCCCAGACAGAUCUCUCCCUCCAAGAAGAACUACGUGAUCAACAUCAAUGUAGGAGGGAAGCCUUACCAGAUAGCCUACAAGAUGGCAGCGAAGUACCCCAAGACCAGGAUAGGACGACUGGCCACCUACACAGAUCACAACAUGAAGCUGGACCUCUGUGAUGACUAUAUAGUGACUAACAAUGAGUACUUCUUUGAUCGGGAUCCGGAGAUCUUCCAUUGCAUCUUCAACUUCUACAGGACUGGGGUGUUGUGGAUCAAAGAUGAGCUGUGUCCUCGCAACUUCCUAGAGGAGAUCAACUACUGGGGCGUCAGGAUCAAAAACACUCAUCGCUGCUGCCGCAUUUCCUUUGAGGAGAGGCAGGAUGAGCUCAACGAGCAGCUGAAAAUCCAGAGGGAGCUGGAAGCUGAGGUGGAGAUCGAGGAGAACGAGGAGCUGUUCCAUGAUAUGUUCAUGGGCCAAACACGGAGAGCAAUCUGGAACUUGAUGGAAAAGCCUUUUUCUUCAGUCAAAGCCAAGGUGAUGGCCGUAGCCUCCAGUCUGUUUGUCCUCAUCUCCCUGGUGGCCAUGACUCUCAACACUGUUGAGGAGAUGCAGUACAGAACCCAUUCAGGUCAGCUCAGUGGCAAGACCUACUGGGAGUACGUGGAGUCCAUGUGCAUAGCCUUUUUCACCAUGGAGUACCUGCUGCGACUGAUCUCCACACCCGACCUCACGUCCUUCAGCAGGAGUGUGCUCAACACCGUGGACCUAAUCGCCAUCCUGCCUCAGUACCUGCAGGGCAUCUUGGAGUUCUUCGACAGUGAAAAGAACUACAUAAAGCACGAAGCUGACAUGCAGGCAGUGGGGCAGGUUGGAAAGCUGGGGCAAGUGCUCAGGAUUAUGAGACUGAUGAGAAUCUUUCGGAUCUUGAAGCUGGCGCGUCACUCCACAGGUCUGAGGGCGUUUGGGUUCACUCUGCGUCAGUGCUACCAGCAAGUGGGAUGCCUCUUUCUUUUCAUCGCCAUGGGCAUCUUCAGCUUCUCUGCUAUGGUUUACACCGUGGAGCACGACAUGCCUCAGACAAACUUUACCAGCAUCCCUCAUGCGUGGUGGUGGGCAGCUGUGAGCAUCUCCACCGUGGGUUAUGGGGACGUGUACCCCGAGACCAUGCUGGGUCGCGUGUUCGCUUUUAUCUGCAUCGCCUUUGGAAUCAUCCUCAACGGGCUGCCCAUAUCCAUCCUCUUCAACAAGUUCUCCGACUAUUACUCUAAACUCAAGUCCAAUCAGUACACGGCCUCAAUGAAGAAACGAGGGAAGGUGAGAUUUGCCAAGAGGACGGUAAACAAGCUUGGCAAUAUAUUUGGAAACAAACAAUAACGUCUCAUUUUGGCAAAGAUCUGACGGGAUUUGAUGAACAUAAAAGCAAAAAAUGGGAGAGAAGAGACUAAAAAGAAGCAGGAAAGUUGCUCAAGUCACAACCACAUGUGUUUCUGAAGCUGUUAUAAGCAAGUAAUAGAAAAAAAUUGAAGUCAAUGCCAAACAGUCAAGAGUUGACUAAAAAGAGUCAUAAAAAUGAUCUCUUCCCAGAUUUGACAACACACACAAAUGUCCCAAUUAAAGGUUAUAUUUUUUUAAGUUAACAUUUUUCUACUUACGUAGAACUGUAAAUUAACUUGAUUUGCAUCUUCUGCUGAAGUCAAAUGAAUUUGUGAUGUCCUGCAGCCACAAGAAAAAAUUCUGCUCCUACUUAAAUCUUCUGAUGUUUCUUGCAGUUUUUUUUAUCGGCUUGUAAUCCUCAAACUAUGCAAUAUUAUGUACUUGCUGUACAAUGCAACAUUAUCACAGAGCAGUUUUAAACUUUUGUUGCAAUAAAAACAUUUUUUUUGCUUUUGUCUACAGACUGUUUAUUACCAGUGUUGUGUAAGUUGAAUUUAAACUGUAAUAUUUUAGAAUGCUUGUUGUUGUUCCCUCACUUAACCAUGUAAAAGCCCACUACAUCAAAGAAUUGACAGAACAUUUAAAUAUUGUGGGAAUUAAGAGUUUUUUUUCAACCAUUUAGUAAAAUCCACAAUGGGAAUUGAAAUAGUUUUUUUAUUAUGUGCAGAAAUAUGAGACUGGGUGAAAACAGCUCACAAAUUCGAACCACAUUUUUAACACAAUGUAACUGUAUUAUAAGGAAGUAACUGUGAACAAAUUCUGCAUUCUUUUAGUGCAGCAAAUAGUAAUUUAUAAAAAAUGAAUGACAAUAGUUAUUCACGCCAUAAAGUUUUGGAAAUUGGCAUAUUUUUUUUAAGCGUUUUUUUAAGAUUUCAAGGCAGCAGCCAUUUUGAAAUGAGCAAGAAAGUCUUUCUACUGCCCCUAGUGGAAUGAGGAUGAAAUACAGGGCAGAAAAAUGCAGGUUUGCAACCCUCAUCCUAGCCAUGUUUUAAAAGUGGGGUCAUCUGGAAACCAAAAAAAAAAAAAAAAAUCAGCAGGCUUUUUUUUCCUAAUUAUUUUUUAUCUUCACUGGCGGCAGACAAUCCUGUCCACCAUUGUCGUGGGAGGGAUAACACAUCAAUAUAAAUGUGGGAUCAUCUGGACCCCAUAAGAUAGUACGAGGUAACGUUCUGAUCAUGAUAAUGAGAUAUGGGUCUCCAAAAUGCAAAUAUAAAAUAUGAUAUGGUGAUAUUUGUUACUGUAUCUGAACUGUGAGGCUGUUAAGCUUUACUUGACUCCAAUAUUAUAUUUAAGUUAUUUUCUCUAAAGAAGUAGAACCACCAGAAAAUGUUGGAUUUUCUGAAAUUAUCAUUGCCAACAUGGUGGUUUACAACCACCACCUUGGCAAUCAUCACCUUUUGCCCACAACUCCAGAUAAUGAAAAGUCCAACUCUAGUUGAGAUUAAUAAGUGGAAGCUGUGAGUCAUUGUUGACCCAACCAUGUCCACCUCAAACACAAACCAAAGUUCCUAUUCUACAAGAGAAGUGAUGUUAUGUGUUCCAAGCCACGUUUCUGUUUCAAGGACUGGAAUAAAAAUGCAAAAUCUAUAAGUCUAAAAA